AUGUCUGAUAAAACUGUAUCUGUAUGUUGUAAUGAUAUCAAAUGUCAAUAUUCCGAUAAAAAUCAACUAAACAAGCCUACUUGUGGUGGUAGAGCUCCAGAGAAAAAACGUACGUACAAUGCUGAAUUUCAUAUUCGAUGGUUUAACGCAUCUCCUGGCACAUAUGAAAGACCUAUAUUAAGUAUUAAUAAUGAAUUUCCAGCACCUACUAUUAUAGUAGAGAAAGGUAAUUUAAUCAAUACAACAAUAAUUAAUGAAUCAUCAGAAGAAACUACGAUUCAUUGGCAUGGUUUAAUACAACGAAAUACAUUACAUAUGGAUGGUGUUCCAGGUAUCACUCAAUUUGCUAUAUUACCAAAUCAAUUAUUUGUAUAUACGUAUUCUACGGGUGAUCAAUCAGGUACUUAUUGGUAUCAUUCACAUUAG